AUGAUAGUUCUGGGAAACAACAGGGGCUACAUUCACUACCAGGGCCAGCCCAAACUCUGCUGCAAGUGUGGAAGCGGUCUGUGGAAGCUCAAUUGCUCCCUGUUAGAAGACAGGGAGCUAGAUAGGCAGUACAGGGAGCAAUACAAAGAAUGGCAGACCCUUCAAGACUUUUACGAUACACGCGCACAGUGGUGGGAAAUGGUGAAGGGGAAGACUAAGACUUUUUACAGACAGGCAGGAGAGCUGAUUCACCCGGAUCAAGCCUGUGCCGUCCCGGGGAGGAAGAUCACCGACAGCCUCGUACUGAUCCGAGACACCAUCUGUUAUGCGAGAGACAGAAACAUUCGGCUAGUAGUCCUGAAUUUAGAUUUUGAGAAAGCCUUUGAUCGGGUCUCGCACCAGUACCUCUUUCAGGAGCGGGAACCAGUGAGUCCAGUGCGCGGGCUCGCAUUGGGCGAGCCCUCAACAGUUUGGCGCAACGUAAACCAUCCCGCUCUUCCAAACAGACUCCGGGACCUGUCAUGGAUGGUGGCUCACGAGAUCCUCCCGGUCAGGUCCGUAAUGCACUCCCGGGGCAUGUCGGCGCACGCAACUUGCCCCCGACCAGGUUGUGGCGCGCCUGAGUCGGUGAGGCACCUGCUCUGGGAGUGCAGCGCUGCCGUAGAACAGUGGGCAAUGGCCGGCUCCUUGCAAUUCCCGUACUUGCCAGCAAGGGAGGUCCUUACACCACAGCUGGUGCUGUACGGGGUGAGCCAAGGAAAACAGAUACCAGCACGAACAUUUGCCAAACAGUGGCUCACCCUAGCCGCCAUCAAAGACGCCAUAUGGACCUCCAGAAACUUGCUGGUAAGGAAGCACAUGCAGAUCCCCCCCGAGGCUGUGAUCCGGAUGGCCGCAGCGACGGUCCGAAUGGCCGGAGCUGCAGGCGGCGGGCCUAGGACACAGCCUCAAAGAAGAAUCGCCUCUGUGCCCAUUCGGACGAAGGAGCCGGAGCCACACAGUACAAGUUCAAAGCAGCGGCGGCCUGACCCUCCGGGUGAGGUCGGUGGGAAGGAGCUACAGGGUGAGGGUCUCCUCUGA